UGGUCUUGGUAUGUACAAUGAUAAAAAGGUUAAAAGUAGGCAAUAUUCCUUAGUUUUAAUUCUUCAAAGGAGACUUUCUCUUUUUGUUUUGGGUAGAUUGGAAUGAGGUCCCUCGUUUUCAUUAGACCUCCGGUUCGUUGGUGGAAAAUUCAUCAUCGGGUCUCAUCAGCUCAUCCUUUCUCCUUUACAGCGCUUGGUGUAAUGGGAUUCAAUACAGCUACAUUAUUAACACUCAGACGGUGGUGUUUUUGGCGGUGCGAGCUUGGUCGACUCUGCUGAGUCUUUAUGCACUGAGAGGGGAGGGUUUUUCUUCUUUUUCUAUCGCUAUUGAAUCACGCUCGGUUCUCCUUCAAUUGGGAAGUAAGACUGAAAGGGGACUGUUUGUGGCAUAUUAGAACAAUUUGCGAAGGAAGGACUGUUUUUCAUCUAUACAGACCACGGGGUCCUCAAACAAAAAGCGUUGUUGAGGGACUGUUUAAGACAGGGACAGAUAGAGACACCGGGAAUAGGCUACCAGAUAACGCCAAAAGGUGUGGAAAAAUGCUGCCCUCGCAAGAAGCCUCCAAAAUUUACCAUGACAACUACAUGCGGAACUCGCGAGCCAUUGGUGUUCUAUGGGCUAUCUUCACCAUAUGUUUGGCAAUUAUAAACGUGGUGGUUUUCACUCAGCCCUAUUGGAUUGGGGACAGUAUGAAUACUCCUCACGCCGGCUACUUCGGCUUGUUCCAUUAUUGCGUGGGCUAUGGGAACUCCAACCGGGAGCUCGCCUGCCAGGGAACCUUUGCCGAGUUCAGCUCCAUUCCCUCUGGCGCAUUCAAAGCGGCCUCGUUCUUUGUGUUGCUGUCCAUGGUGCUAAUCUUGAGCUGCAUCGGCUGCUUUGCGCUCUUCUUCUUCUGCAACACCGCCACUGUCUACAAGACCUGCGCUUGGAUGCAGCUGUUAUGCGCUGUGUGUCUGGUCCUAGGCUGCAUGAUCUUCCCAGAUGGUUGGGAUGCCGAGGUGAUCCGUGAUAUGUGCGGCGAGGAGACGGGAAAGUACACACUAGGCAACUGCUCUGUGCGCUGGGCCUACAUUCUGGCCAUCAUCGGUAUCCUUGACGCCCUUGUUCUCUCCUUUCUUGCCUUUGUGCUGGGUAACCGGCAGAAUGACUUCCUACUGGAGGAUCUCAAAUCCGACAAUAAAGGUGAGGCUCUAGCUUGGGCAGGCUAG